UCCAAAAGCUCUCUCGGACAUGGACCCAUCGAAACCCGCGCAAGAACGGCCACCGCCCCGAGCAGCUCCGCCGCAGCAGCCGCCACGACCACCACCGUAUCAGCCACAGAAGAGCAACAAGAAAAGACCCCUCGAGCCCAAUGUCUGGAUUCAAGCCUCUCCUUACUGCAAGAUGCGUUCUUUGCUCAACGACCUUCGUCCUUCUUUCAUCGAGGUGCUGGCAACCCCUGACUUUCGGAAUUGCAGGGCAGCUCAAGAAAUUAAAGAUAUUAAAGUUGAAGCUGUUUAUGGAACUAUACAGACAGAUGACUGCAAGUGCAGAAGCACUCUCUUCUACAAAAUAUAACAAUGUGAAAGAAGGGAAGCGCGGGAAAGGAGAGAACCAGGACACUGGGAAGCGGCAACCUGAGGUGCUCGAGACUCGGGGGCCAUACAUUAUUGGUGGAUCAGCUUUCGGCUGGAACUUUAUUACCUUUCCUAGCGAUAAACCGGUGUACUACGGCCCAAGAAAAGAGUCGUUUCGAGCUUCGUAAGCGGAGUUACAAGAAGAGAGAAUUGCUUCUGCUCCCCGUGUCGGUUGAGAGAUCAUGACCGAUCACAUCAGAUCGGUGUCGGAACUAGGGGUCACACUGGAUGUUCUUUCUUUUGCUUUUUUGGCUGAGCGAACCGACCGUGGAAUUGUAUAUCGAGUCUUGGAAGCAAUAUCGUCAGUUUUUGAGGGAUGUAACUAGUCUUAGCUUCAUAAAACAGUCUAGCUAUCCAGUGAAUCUCCUCUUGUAAUGUGACCUUACAUU